AUGGCGCAGAGUGAAGACGACGAUGUAGGAGAAGCUGCUGACGAGCCACCUAACGAUGCUGCAGCGCGAACAGGCUUAGACUUCCUGCGAGGGCUGCAUGUGAACCCUCCGCCCGUCUGCACUGCCGGCCCGUCAUCGCGCAGCGGCGACAAGCUGCCUCCUGCUCGUCCCUCUGAUUCCAAUGUCCUCGCGCCGGACAGUGCACCCGCCUCUGUCAGCGUGACAGAGGUCGGUGAGUCUUCGUCAGCAGCCUCGAAGAAGAGGCGUCGCUACGCGCAAGCUGUACUCCCGUUCGGCACGCCCCCUGCGAAGCCGUCUCCGCCUCCGGCUCCCGUCCAACCUCCCUCGCGUGUGUCCAGGGAGCUCACUAAAGCCAAAAAGGCAGAGGAGAGGUUCGAUAAGGCGCAGCAGCUAUACAUCACGCAGUGGCUGCCGAAAUUCGAAUGGCUGCUGCUUGAUAAGAACGAGGAUGGGUUGCCCAUCCUGCGAUGUAGUAUUUGCGUGGAGCACGGCAAGGACGACGCUAAAUUCGGGCGCAACGGAAUGGGGGGUCGCAAUUUGCAGCUCGGCUCGAUGAGAUGUCACGAGCUGAGUGGCCGCCACGACGAAGCAAUGAAGAGGCAGCGCACGCUCAUGGCCGAGAUCGAGAAGCAGAAACGCCUCGACGAUUUCGCCAACACAGACAAGGAAGGCGCUCGGCUUACUCGACUCAUGCGCGGCAUUGAAUUCAUCUGCGAUCACGACGCCCCGAUCGCCAUGUUCCCGAAGCUCAUACAUUUCCUUGCAGAAGAGGGAGUCGCCGACAUCCCGCUUCAGGAGGCUCUCGUGGUCAAGGAUGCAGCGAAAGCAUUCCCAGACCUCAACAUGAUCGAUGCUGCUGUGCGUGCCGUGGGAGAGAUCAUAUGCCGCUCUAACAUCUGGUACGAGCGGUUCAAGGAGCUGCAACACGAGAUACACCGUACAAACCUGGAGCACCAAGGGUUAUUCAACGUACGGUGGCUGUCGCGGGGAGACGCAAUAGCGAGGCUGUGCAGAGUUUUCGGGGCGGCGAUCGUCAUGAUUGUGGAGUACGGCCACAAGAUCGCUUCAACAGUGCAAACGUUCAAGUUUCAUUUUUGUUUGUAUUUCCUGGCAGACAUCCUUGCAGAGCUUAACGCGCUCAACCGGUUUUUCCAGCACCGCAAGGCAAGUGUGUAG